CGCCCGGGAAGCGGGACAGUGGCUGGGCCGGGUGCGGGCGGACGGAGCCGCUUGCGAUUUCGCCUGGGGCGGCUGCCACUGCUCAGCGCCGGCCGGGCCCCGACCCUUCCUCUUUGGGCAGCGUCGAGGGCGCACACACAGUCGGUGUCCUGGGGCCUCGAACUCCAGGGCCUUGACUGGACAGGCCGCGAAUCUCCGACCCCUGCCCCGCGAGUGAGUCCGCCCGGACCGGGCCACCGCCAAGCACGGGUGCCCCAGGCUCGGAAGAACAGCGCUGCCUGCCCACCUGGUCUUCUGCAGCCUUGUGGGGAGAGCGAAGAAAGGGGAGAAAGAGAGGACCAUCCAUGUGAGAGAGAAAUAUCAAUUGGAUCAAACCUGCAGCCUAGGAUGUAUUUUAAAGAAUUAUUGAAGAUGAAACAUUUUAUUUUCUUUUUUUAAUGGCUUUAGAGAAUUUUAAAUCGAAUACAAUUUGACAUGACGGCAAAAAAUGUUGGUUUGAGUUCCACAAAUACAGAAUUAAGAGGAUUUAUAGAUCAGAAUCUCAGUCCAACAAAAGGUAACAUUUCAUUUGUUGCAUACCCAGUUUCCAGCACCAACUCACCAACCAAGAUUUUACCAAAAACCUUAGGACCAAUAAAUGUGAAUGUUGGACCCCAAAUGAUUAUAAGCACACCCCAGAGACUAACCAGUUCCGGAAGUGUUCUGAUCGGGAGCCCGUACACCCCUGCACCGGCCAUGGUCACGCAGACGCACAUAGCAGAAGCCACGGGCUGGGUCCCGAGUGAUAGAAAACGGGCUAGAGAAUUUAUAGACUCUGAUUUUUCAGAAAGUAAACGAAGCAAAAAAGGAGAUAAAAAUGGAAAAGGCUUGAGACAUUUUUCAAUGAAAGUGUGCGAGAAAGUUCAGCGGAAAGGUACAACAUCCUAUAAUGAAGUGGCUGAUGAGCUGGUAUCAGAGUUCACCAAUUCAAACAACCAUUUGUCAGCUGAUUCGCAGGCUUAUGACCAGAAGAACAUUAGGCGAAGAGUUUAUGAUGCUUUAAAUGUGCUAAUGGCAAUGAACAUCAUUUCAAAGGAAAAAAAAGAAAUCAAGUGGAUUGGCCUGCCUACCAAUUCUGCUCAGGAGUGUCAAAACCUGGAGAUAGAGAAGCAGAGGCGGAUAGAACGGAUAAAGCAGAAGCGGGCCCAGCUGCAAGAACUUCUCCUGCAGCAAAUCGCUUUCAAAAACCUGGUGCAGAGGAAUCGACAAAAUGAACAGCAGAACCAGGGCCCUCCAGCUCUGAACUCCACCAUUCAGCUGCCAUUUAUCAUCAUCAACACGAGCAGGAAGACAGUCAUAGACUGCAGCAUCUCCAGUGACAAGUUUGAGUACCUUUUCAAUUUCGACAACACCUUUGAGAUCCACGACGACAUUGAAGUUCUGAAGCGGAUGGGGAUGUCCUUCGGCCUAGAGUCAGGCAAGUGCUCCCUGGAGGACCUGAAGCUGGCAAAGUCGCUGGUGCCGAAGGCUUUAGAAGGCUACAUCACAGAUAUCUCCACAGGACCUUCUUGGUUAAAUCAGGGACUAUUGUUGAACUCGACCCAGUCAGUUUCGAAUUUAGAUCCGACCACUGGGGCCCCCUUGUCCCAGUCAAGUGUAAACCAGGGCUUGUGCUUGGAUGCGGAAGUGGCCUUAGCAACCGGGCAGCUCCUCGCCCCCAACAGCCACCAGUCCAGCAGUGCAGCCUCCCACUGCUCCGAGUCCCGAGGCGAGACGCCCUGCUCGUUCAACGAUGACGACGAGGAAGAAGAGGAGGACGACUCCUCCUCCCCGGAAUAAAGACAGGACAAAACCCA